CCCUCCUGAAAACACCUUCCUCACUUUGCUCUGAGCCUCCCCACCGUCUUCAACAUGGCUGGUGGCAUUACUGAUACAGGAGAGCUUUACUCUCCCUAUGUUGGCCUGGUUUACAUGUUCAACCUCAUCGUCGGAACAGGAGCCCUAACCAUGCCGAAGGCCUUUGCGACGGCAGGGUGGCUCGUCAGCCUCGUUCUCCUAAUGUUCCUGGGAUUUAUGAGCUAUAUGACUACAACCUUUGUGGUAGAAGCCAUGGCUGCUGCAAACGCCCAGCUGCGAUGGAAGAGAAUGGAAAAACGCAAGGAGGAUGAUGAGGAUGAGGAUUCUUCUUCUGGAGUAUCUGACAGUGAUGUUCUCCUCCAAGAUGGCUAUGAGCGAGCAGAGACACGACCUAUCCUGUCAGUUCAGAGACGUGGCUCACCCAAUAUCUUUGAAAUCACUGAGAGGGUGGAAAUGGGCCAGAUGGCUUCCAUGUUCUUCAAUAAAGUGGGUGUCAACCUCUUCUAUUUCUGCAUAAUUAUCUACCUCUAUGGAGACCUGGCAAUCUACGCAGCAGCUGUACCGGUCUCUCUCAUGCAAGUGACCUGCAGUGCCACUGGCAACCAUUCUUGCAGUGUUGGAGAUGGCACAAAGUAUAACGAUACGGACAAGUGCUGGGGGCCAAUUCGACGGAUUGAUGCUUACAGGCUGUAUCUGGCAGCAUUCACUCUCCUCCUGGGUCCUUUCACCUUCUUCAAUGUGCAGAAGACCAAGUAUCUUCAAAUCAUGACAUCCCUCAUGAGAUGGAUAGCUUUCAUCCUCAUGAUUAUUCUGGCCCUCAUCCGCAUCAGCAAAGGCCAAGCUGAAGGUCACCCGUCCAUGGCCCAGCUGUCGGGCAUCCGCAAUCUCUUUGGGGUGUGUGUCUACUCCUUCAUGUGCCAGCACUCCCUGCCAUCCCUCAUCACACCCAUCUCCAAGAAGAAGCAUGUCAACAAGCUCGUGCUGCUCGAUUACAUCCUGAUCCUGGCUUUCUAUAGCCUCCUGUCCUUCACUGCCAUUUACUGCUUCCGCAAUGACACCCUCAUGGACAUGUACACGCUCAACUUCACCAACUGCAAGAUCAUCAACGUUGCCUUCAUUCGUUACUUCCUGGGCCUCUUCCCCGUCUUCACCAUCAGCACCAACUUCCCCAUCAUCGCAGUGACCCUGCGCAACAACUGGAAGACCCUUUUCCACAGAGAAGGGGGGACCUACCCAUGGGUGGUGGAUAGGAUUGUCUUUCCUGCCAUCACGCUGAUUCCCCCAGUGCUGGUGGCUUUCUGCACCCACGAUCUGGAAUCCUUGGUGGGGAUCACGGGAGCCUAUGCUGGGAACGGGAUCCAGUAUCUCAUUCCGGCUUUCCUGGCAUACUGCAGUCGGAAGGACACUCAGCUGGUCUUCGGCAGCGGGACGGUCAACAAGCACCUCUCCCCUUUCCGGCACACCUUCUGGAUUGUGUUCGUGCUCAUAUGGGGCUUUUCUUGCUUUGUGUUUGUGACUGCAAACAUUGUCCUGAGCGAGUCAAAACUCUGAUGUGGGGGUAGCGGCACGCUCCCUCCUGGGCUCCAGAGACUUCAGCAUUUCAGCUCCCCCUCUGGGACUGUGGAGUGGGGGAGAGGCAGCGUGAAGGGAAGUUUCCAGGCCGUCGGCUUGGUGACACAAGUUAGACCUGGACACAGACGUUCUUCACUCCAUUUUGGGUGUGGAUGGAGUGGACUCAGCCUUGUUACAAUCCUGGUUCUCAGACCCGCUAUACAAAGCCAUGGGGCUGAGCCCUUGGCAGCC